AUGCAACGGGCCUCUUUGCCCCGCUUGACUCCUCCCCCUCUCACACCAUUGCCCCCGCGCGACUCCCUUCCCCCAUACACCCUCCUCCUCGCCUCCCUCUGUGCCCCUGCCUGCCGCCUCUCCAUGCUGGCCAACGGUCGCUGCGAUCAGGCCUGCAACGUGGCUCUCUGUCACUUUGACGGGGGGGACUGCGCUUGCCGUGGCUCUGGCAGCGGGGGUGUCGGGAGCAGCGUGAGCAGCGGCACUGCUGCUGCUGGUGCUGUUGGUGGGAGUGGAGGGAGCAGCAGUAGUGGUGUCGCUGGUGAUGGUGCGAGUGGGGGUGGGAGCGUGGGAGGAGGAGUGGGUGUGCAGUGGUGUGCGUGCCCCGUGCUGCAGAUUCGGGGUGAUGAUGGAGCCUGCUGUGAGGCAGCAGGGGCGGGGAUGGGAAUAAAGGUGCCAUUCAGUCUGCGCAGGUUUGGCUCCACCAUGCAUUCUCUCGACUCCAUGCGCAGCAGCACCGAUACUGCUCUGCCGCGCGUUGUUUCCGAGUACAACAGGGUACUAAUGGGACUCAUCAUCGUGCAAUACCGUUGGGACUCCGCUGACUGUGCCACGAGCAGGUUCCAUUUCCAGGACUUGUGUGUGAGGGGCGAGUCAUCCAAGGCCUUCGGGGUCAACCCGGUCUUCCUGCCAUCCUCCUCACUUUACAACGCCAACGCAGCCGCCAACACCUCAGCCUACACCAACGAGUCCUUCGCCAACCCCUUUGAGCUCAACGCCAAGGGGCUGCCCUACGGCUUCCAGCAGCUGCCCGGCAGCAGCCGCUUCCCACUGGUGUUUGACGUGAAUCUGGACAACGGGGGGGCCACGCGCCGGCUGCAGUACCUGGUGGAUGGAUUCUUCGUUGACAACUACACGCGCAGCAUCGAUGUCGUGCUCAUCACUCGUAAUGCCAAUGAGCAACUGUUCACAGCCACCAAAGCCACCCUCUCCCUCCAACCGGGUGGCAGCAUGGUCGCUACCUUCCAAAUCCAGCCAGUCAACGUGGAGUACUACGACCUGAAUGAGACAAGCAACGUGAUACGACUCGUCCUGGAGCUGCUGUUCGUGGCCGGCGUGGUUUGGAAUGUACUGGAGGAGGUGAAGGAGAUGAUGUGGAUUUGGAAGGUGCAGCGAAGGUCCUUCUGGCACUACUGGCGGCAGGGGUGGAAUUGGGUGGACUGGCUCUCCAUCUCUGUCCAGAUUCUCUGCAUCUGCAUGUGGAUAUCAAUGGCGGUGUUAUCAGGGCAAAGCUUCAACAUGCAGGCACGAUACAACAUCUACUACACCCUGGAUGAGUACCCGCGCUACUGGGCGCUCCCCAACCCGCCCUCGGGGUAUCUGGCUGCAGUUUCUGCUGCGGACAAACUCGGCAGUAUCAUCAACACCUGCUCUGUCUACUUCGCCCUGCAAGGCAUGAAUGUCUUUAUCAUGGUGCUGCGAGUCCUCAAGCUCAUGGACUUCCAGCCGCACAUGGGCAUCAUCACUCGUUCCAUCCGUGUGGCUCUGCCUUCCAUCCUGCAUUUCUUCCUGCUCGCCCUCGCCAUCUUCCUCGCCUAUGCCACCUACGCAUACCUUGUGUUCGGCAUGACCAUGGCGCAGUUCAGCACGCUAUGGGGAGCCAUGCAGACGUGCUUCUUGAUCAUCCUCAACGACAACAGCGUGCAGUACUUCUUUCAACACAUGGAGAGCUGGCAAUACGUUGCAGCGAUGAUCUUCUGGUUCUCCUUCGUCAUCAUCUUCUUCUUUGUGCUCUUCAACUUCCUCAUUGCGAUCAUCGUCGACGCGUUUAUGGAUGUCAAGGAUGCAGCAGAGAGUGCAUCUGCGAUCUACGAGGAUAUGUAUCUCAUCGUUCUGCGCUUCUUCCGCCGCGUCGCAACACCUUAUAGCGAGUACAGCCGCCUUCUGCGGCACCUCAUUCGCCUGGGAGCCGUGGACACGGCACACACAGUCAUGGAGGUCUCCCGCCUGCUGCAGCACCUCAUUGGCGUGGGAGCCGUGGAUACAGCCCACACGGUCAUGGAGAAGAGCCUAUGGCAAUCGGCCCAGCAGAGCCUUGCUAAGAGCCUUCACCACAGCCCGGCAAGGGAAGGCGGCAGCAGGCAUGUGAGCAGUGGUGGGGGCAAUGGCAACAGCAGCGGCGGCAGUGACAGUAGGGGAAGUGAUAGGGGCAGCAAGAAUGGCAGUAUGGGCAGCAGGGGCGGCAGCAGGGAGGGCGUGAAGGAAUCAUUAGUGGAGGAUGGUGUGGAUGAUGGUGGGUCAAGGAGAGGCGGAUUGGAGGAUGGGCGACAAGGGGGAGGGGGUGUUGGGGAGGAGGGGAAGCUGGGGAUGGAAGGGGGAGAGGCUAAUGCUCUGGUAAAGGUGCAGCCGCGGGGGUUGAUUGAUGGUAAAGUGGUGAUGAGGGUGCAAGGGCAGGGGAUGGUUGACACAGAGGGGAUGAAUGCAGGUGUGAGUGAGAGAGAGGAGGAGAAGAAGCAGUUGGGGAUGCAAGGGAGACAUGGUAAAGCUCUGGUUAGGGUGCAACGGCAGGGGACGGUGGAAGCAAAGGGAAUGGGUUCAGGCAUGAGUGAGAGAGGGGAGGAGGGGAAGUUGGGGAUGGAAGGGGGAGAUGCUAAAGCUCUGGUACGGGUGCAGCGGCAGGGAAUGGUGGAUGGUAAAGCGGUGAUGAGGGUGCACGGGCUGGGGAUGGUUGACGCAGAGGGGAUGAAUGCAGGUGUGAGUGAGAGAGAGGAGGAGGGGACGAAGCUGGGGACGGAAAGGAGAGACUCUAAAGCUUUGGUAAGGGUGCAGCGUCAGGGAAUGGUGGAUGGUAAAGCGGUGAUGAGGGUGCACGGGCAGGGGAUGUUGGGGUUGGGAGGGAUGUUGGACGCAACUUCUGAGGCGCCUCAGAGGCUGCAAGGGGCAGGGGCGGAAGCUUUCAGAAUGGACACAAUCACUGAGGCGCCUCAAAGGUUGGAAGGGGCAGGGGGUGAAGGUCCGAUCAGAGUGCAAGACGAGGGGAUGGCAGAAGCAGAGAGAAUACAUUUAGGUGGGAGUGAGAGAGACGAGGGGGGUGAGGGUCUUAAGAGAGGCACGGAUGUGGGGGUGAGCAGGCGGAUGAGCAUCUGGUGUCUGGAUUCGCUGGAGGAGAGGCAGCGGGUGGUGGCCGAGGGGGGCAGGCACCUCAACGCCCUUUCCCUCUCUGCUAUUCUGCAACGCGCACUCGCCCGAAAGGUGUGUUGGUGGGAGCAGUGGUGGGUGGGUGGUGUGGGCGGUGCAGGGGGUGAGCAGGCGGAUGAGCUUCUGGCGGGAGGAUUCACUGGAGGAGUGACAGAGAGUGGUGGCCGUGGGGGGGAGGCACCUCAACGCGCUUUCUCUCUCUGCUAUUUCGCAGCGCGCACUCGCGAGAAAGGUGUGUUGGUGGGUGCGGUGCUGGGUGGGUUGUUGCGUGUGGUGGUGCAUGCAGUGAUAGGGAACAUCUUAUCACCUACUGUCCCUCCCUGCUACACCUACCCACCAUCUGGUCUCCAUCGACCUGCUCGCUCUUGUGAAGGUGCUUCUCCCAGAGGCACUUACGCCCACACCUGUCUUCACCCUCUCAACCCCGCACAACCCCAUCCCACCCAACAGCUGCGGUCUGUCCCUCCCCCCUUCACCCACCACCUGGACUCCAUUGACCUCCCUGCACUAGUCAAGCUGCGCUCUGUCCCUCCUGGCUACACCCACCACCUGGAAUCCAUCGACCUGCCUGCACUCGUCAAAGUCCUUCUCUCAGAGGCAGGAGAGAACCUGUCACGCUCCGACCUCAUGGCUCGUGCAAGCUCAGCUGUGGCCAUGUCUCGGCAGAAGCGAGACAUGCUGGCAUUGCAAGAGCGCAUGGGAGCCCUUCAAACCGACCUGACUCAAAGGUUUGAUGUGCUCGAACGUGGAAUUCUGGACCGGUUGCCGAACCAAGGCCGUGCCCAGGUGGUUCGGGUGGUAUCGCCGGACCAGGUGCGGCGGGAGGUGGAUGCUGCCCGGGAGGAGGCUUGGCAGGAGGCCUGGGAGAAAGCUCGGCAGGAGAUUGAGGAGGCUCGGCGGGAGGCACGGGAGGCUCGGGAGGAGGCUCGGCGGGAGCGGGAAGGUUUGGAGAGGUGCUGA